AUGCCCAAGCGCGAAAAGUGCAAGAAAAGCCGCGAAACCGUCAGAACUACUACUCUAAGAUAUGCUCAUCUCAUUCUUCCUUUUCUUUUGUUUUCACCUUACGAACCCAGCGGUGCUCCAUCAAGUCCAAUCAUUGAGAAUGAACAGUCGAAAAUCGCCUUUCCGAUUGUUCGUGUAUCUCGAACCAGGCGCAAGACUGACGUCCUGGAGGAGAAGAGGGGCCCUGCUGUCUGUACUUCCCCAAGGACGCGACAGAGGGCUAGCAUUUCCGAAGAGAAGAAGAAUCGUCCAGUUCGCACAUCUACAAUAAAGCACAAGAACACCGACGUCUCGGAAGAGGAGGAGAUUAAGCCCUGGAAGUUGGAUAAGCGCAAGCGCCAGAAAGUGGAUAAAGGCAAGGGUCGGAUGGUCGAACUCCAUCCUAUCCCUGAGAUCCACGGCCCCGUUCCUUCUGGCUACUACUCAAGUCCCUCGAGUGGGAGAUGUCUGCCAAAGAAUGCCGCGUUCCUAUCACGAACCGUGCCAUAG